GUCCAAUAUGUUAUGGUGGGGAGCAAUUCUAUAUAACUGAUGCUAAAGUCGGACGUCUCUGCAUAAUCUAUCAGUGUGUGAUUCUUUGAACGUCAACCUGUCCAACUGCCUUAAUCAAGAUGACGUGGUCGACGCUGGCCGUCGUGGUGAUUUUAGCAGUAAUCGCAAACGUGGACUCAGCUAUUAAUGAGGCACGACCACACAGUAAUAGACCAGGAAGAUUUUUGUCCUUACCAGUACCACAAAAAUGUGCAAACAGGCCAAAGGAAUUUAACUUUGGAGGACGUAAUUAUUUCUUCAGUGGUCAUGUACCACAGCAUUCAUCCCAGAGAGUUGACUGGUUAGAUGCCAGGAACAUCUGCAGAGAAUACUGCAUGGACCUUGUUUCCAUUGAAACACAAGAAGAAAAUAAUAUGGUCUUCAAACUCAUCAAGUCAAAUGACGUGCCCUACAUCUGGACAUCAGGUCGUCUCUGUGACUUCAAGGGCUGCGAAAAUCGUCGCGACUUGGAACCAAAGGCAAUCAAUGGCUGGUUCUGGUCCGCGAACAGAGUUAAAUUAACGGCAACAAAUCGCAUUCCCAACGCUUGGACCUACAAUCCAUGGUCAAAGACUGGUCACAAGAAACAACCCCAACCCGAUAAUGCCGAAUUCGAUAUCAAUGCCACAACGGAAUCCUGCUUAUCCGUUCUCAAUAACGUCUACAAUGACGGAAUCGCAUGGCACGAUGUUGCCUGCUAUCAUGAAAAACCAUUCAUCUGCGAAGAUUCCGAUGAACUUUUGAAUUACGUCGCAAGUACAAAUCGAGGAAUUCGUCUUUAAAUUUUUCAAAAAAAAAACAAAAAUCUCUUUCCAUAAUCCGUCGUCUCUUUUAUCAUCCUUCAAAUCUUUUUUUAAUUUUUUCUGAAUAUUUCCUUCUCGUUAAAUAAGAAAUUCUCAAAUAUUCGUCUUCUUUUACAAUCCAUUUUCCAAUGAUCAUUCCGAUCUUUCCCAACUCAGUAUUUUUAAUUUCUUUCAGUAUCUCCUUGUUUUUUACCAACAAUUUGGUUUUAAGAUUCUUUUAAGAUUUUUUUUUUAUUAGUUAGAAAAAUGAUCCUUCGUGAGUGAUCAGCAAAACCCAACGUGUUCCAUAGAAAUAUUCUCAGAGAGAAGAAAAAUUGAGAGAAAAAUAUAUAUUUACGUUUAUACCUGUAAUUACAAUAAUCGAUAAAAAAAUUAUUGUACUACACAUAUUUAUUGAUAAAAAGAUGCAUUAAUUCGUCUUUUCUUUUUGUACAAACAACGAAUAAAUUGUGACUUAAUAGAGAAA